UACCUAAUUUCCUCAAAACGUGAAAGAAAGAAAGAAAGAGAGAGAGGGGAAACAAGAAAUGUCGACUCUGAAAGUACCUGCGGUGGCACCUUCCCACCGUGAUGAUGCCAUGCAAAUCUACCGUGCCUUCAAAGGCAUAGGAUGUGAUGCUGCGGCAAUCAUCAAUAUUAUAGCUCACAGAGAUGCCACACAACGCUCCCUCAUCGAACAAGAAUACGAAUCCACAUAUGGUCAUGAACUUCGGAAACGUUUUUCCUCAGAGCUCACCGGUCAUCUCAAGAAAGCAGUAUUGCUAUGGAUGCACGAACCAGGAGAACGAGAUGCUUUCAUUUUGAAGAAAGCUUUGAAAGGAGCAGUUAAAGAUCAAAAAGCAGUGACAGAAAUCGUAUGUUCUCGAACUCCAUCGCAAAUUGGACAGCUUAAACGAGCUUAUUUCUCAAAUGUUGGAAGCAAUCUUGAAGACGACAUUGAAGCUGAACUAUCUGGUGAACAUAAAAAGUUACUACUUGCCUUUUUAACCACAUCCCGGUACGAAGGCCCAGAAUACGAUGAAACGUUGGUAGAGGAAGACGCUAAAGCACUGAACAAAGCGGCUAGGAAAUUUGGUCUUGCGGGAAAGCCUUUCAUACAGAUAUUCAGUGAUAGAAGUAGGGCACACCUUUGUGCUGUUAGUGACAUCUACAAAACCAUGUUCAAGAAAACAUUGGAGAAGGCAAUACGAGAUGAAACUCACAAGAACUUUGAAUAUGCCCUUAAGACAAUAUUAAGAUGUGCUGAAAGUCCUCCAAGGUUCUAUGCAAAGGCGUUGCGAAAAGCAAUGAAAGGUAUUGGAACGGCGGACACUGACCUAAUCAGGAUUGUGGUUACAAGAGCUGAGGUUGACAUGCAUUACAUAAAGGCAGAAUAUCGUAAAAAAUAUGGGAAGACUUUGAACGACGCCGUCUAUUCCGAUACCUCCGGCCAUUACAGAAUUUUUCUGCUUGCCCUUUUAGGUAACAACAAUUAGGUAUUUCGGACCCGACACAUGUCAUGAACCCGCACUAUACAAUAUUAGAAAUCUUUGCAUAACCAAUUAAGUUCAUUAUCUAUCUUUCCACUGUACAAAUUACUUGUACCUUUCCCUUUUAGUGACUUCAACUAUGUUUCUAUAUUGAGCCAUAGUUGUUAAUACACCUUAUGCUUACUAGCUAAUCAAUGCAUCAACUUUCAAUACAAAUUUUCAUUACUUAAUAGACCAAGUUCUCUAUAUUGAGCCAUAGUUGUUAAUACACCUUAUGUUUACUAGCUUAUCAAUGCAUCAAC